AUGUUUGACCCACUGGACUUUAUUAGCAGUGUUUCCAAUUCGCAUACUCAUACUGUAGAUGAUGGUGUGAUAUGUGUACAACAUAAGCUGCAAACUAAACAAGCAGGUCUUUUGUCAGAUAGUAACGCUUCUAAUGGUCCACGUUUGAAUGUCCCGCCGACGCCUCCGGAGUCAGAUAUGUCCCCAAUCUCGGUACUAGACUUGCCGUCUCCCAACCUUGCUGAUCCUAAUGUGAUUUAUGGUGUCCUCCAGCUCUUGCAACCGGAUACACAGGUCAAUUUCAGCAAUGAGCAGCAAGACGGUAACAAUGACUGGAAGUACGUUAUUAGUGAAAAGAAUAUGUCAGAAACUACACUGUAUGCAAUCAUGAACUAUUAUAACAAAUUCAACAAUAAAGUCAUUUUUAAUUUUCAAACUCUAUGUACAAAGGUCCCAAUGUUACUUUCUCAGUUCGGUCCGGAGCUCAUCGGCUACUACAAUAAUAUUCUGCGCUACUAUGAAUCGUCGAAUGCUCCGCUCAAAAAUGAAAUUAUUGAACAGGCUAGCUUGAGAAUUUCUGAACAAUGCGGCAGAACUGCGCUUCCGGCUCUUACUAGGAAGUUCCACGUCGACGGGCUUUCACAUGAAAUAAAAUUGCAUGAACCAGCACUGACAAAUGACAAUCUUGGUCUUAAGACGUGGGGCGCAUCUCUAAUCCUUUCUCAGAAGAUACUGCAGAUUCAUUCACGGACUAAGGUACUAGAGUUAGGCGCAGGGACAGGACUGGUAGGAAUAUCCUAUGCAUUAUCGCACUCCGAGUCCAACUCCCAGAUUAUACUGACUGACCUUCCGGAAAUAGUCCCAAAUUUAAAAAAGAACAUUCGACUAAACGGCCUUCAAAAUGUGCAUGCGACCGUACUGGACUGGACAAAUCCAAAGUCGUUCUUAGACGAAUUCGGUGAAGAGAAAUUCGAUACUAUACUCAUCGCAGACCCAAUAUAUUCUCCAAAGCAUCCGUAUUGGCUCGUAGCCAUGAUCAAGAAAUUUCUAGCCAGUGAUGGAAUUGUGUAUCUUGAAGUCCCUAUUAGAGCAAAAUACAAGGCAGAGAGGGAGCUUCUAUGGAAUCUUUUAGACCUGAAUAAUUUGAAAGUCUUGAAAGAAGAGUACGAUGAUGGAUAUGACGAUUGGGGCAAAGUUCAGUACCUUUUCAAAGAAAUCUCCUUUGCCGAUUGA